AUGUUGCUGGUACUUGAAGUGACGGAGCUGCUUGUGGUUGUGGUGGUGCUGGAACUGCUCGACGUGCUGGUGGACAUGCUUGUUGUGGAGCUGGUCGUUGUAGUGGUGGAUGCGGUGCUCGUGGCUGUUGUGGAGGUGCUUGAGGAGCUUCUGCUGGAAGUGCUUGUCGACGAGGUUGAGGUGCUUGUUGGGGAGCUGCUCGAUGUACUUGUUGAAGAAGUUGACGUUGUGCUCGUACUUGUGGAUGUGCUUGUCGUGGAACUGCUGGACGUGGUCUUGGACGAAGUUGAUGUGCUCGUGGUGGUUGUGGAGGCGGUGCUUGUCGACGUGCUUGUUGUGGAACGACUAGAAGUACUUGUUGAAGAAGUCGAUGUACGGGUUGUUGUGCUGCUGGACGUGCUUGUUGAGGACCCGCUGGAGGUGGUUGACGAUGAGGUUGACAUGCUUGUGCUGCUGGUGCUUGUCAUCGAGCUGCUCCAGGUACUUGUUGAAGAAGUCGAUGUGGUGCCUGUGCUGCUAGACGUGCUGGUCGUGGAGGUGCUGGACGUACUGGUGGAAUCGGUCGACGUGCUUGUCGUGCUGGAAGAUGAACUAGUCGUGGAUGUUGUGCUCGCAGACGUACUUGUGGCAGAAGUGCUAGAUGUACUUGUUGAUGAAGUCGAUGUGCGGGUUGUAGCGGUCGACGUGCUGGUUGUAGAGGAUGUGGACGUGGUAGUCGUAGAGCUCAUUGAAGUGCUUGAGGUGCUUGUGCUUGUAGACGUGCUUGUAGUGCUCGAAGAACUGGCUGAUGAAGUUGAAGUGGUAGUAGCAGAGCUGCUGGAUGUAGACGUCGACGUGGAGGUGCUUGUGCUAGUACUUACUGUCGAGCUGGUGGACGCACUUGUUGAUGAAGUCGAUGUGGUGGUUGUAGUGUUGAAGCUGUAG